UGCAAUUCUUGCCACUUCCUCCUCCUUUUCAUUUCAGGAUUCUUGACAGUCUCCGAGGAAAAGAAUAGGAUCCUUUUUCUUUUUAUUUAUUAUUUUUCUAAUUUUCCCAGCAGUUUUCCCGGCCUUUCCCGGAAAAUAAAAUUUCCCAAAUUUAGGGUGCCAGUUGCCGUUUUCCAUUUUUCUCAGGUGACAAACAACCCACAAGAGCCCAUCCCCUCAUCCUUAUCCUGUCACAUGCACUGCAUGGUUGCGUCUGAUUUCGGUGCUUAAAAACCUGUUUUCUGGGCCGCACAAUUUCCACCGCUGUUAUUACGAAACGUUUCUCUUUCUCUCUCCUGAGGCUCCGGCGUGGGGAUUUCGGAUCCGACUGAAGGGGUUUCUGGAUUCCUGACCCCUUUCCGUACACCCCUUUACUGCUCCGUUUGCGGGGGUAGCCGGGGCUCCGGCCUCGGCGGGUUCUAAAGCCCCCAUUCACUACAAACUCACAAUUUAACGAUUCAAACCCUAACCCCUAAAUUUCUCUAAUUCUUAAUUUCAUUUUUUGAUUGAUUAAUCGUCGCGGAAGAAGAGAUGCCGGCCCUGGCUUGUUGCGUGGACGCUGCUGUGGCGCCUCCCGGCCACCUCUUCGCCGGGGAUAGCUCUCUUCCCGCGUCGCCGUUCUCAGGCGUACCUCCGGCGACCAUCACCACCACCCCCGCCGCCGACAAUUCCCAUUGGUCCCCGUCCCUCUCAUCCGACCUCUACCGAAUCGACUCCUGGGGUGGGCCCUACUUCACCGUCAAUUCCUCCGGCAACGUUGCCGUCCGUCCUCACGGGAGGGCGACUCUGCCGCACCAGGAGAUCGAUCUGCUGAAGAUCGUGAAGAAGGUUUCGGAUCCGAAACCGGACUGUGGGCUCGGGUUGCAGCUACCGCUCAUUGUUCGCCUGCCCGAUGUGCUCAAGAACCGGCUCGAGUCGCUCCAGGGCGCCUUCGAUCUGGCGAUCCGGUCCCACGACUACGGCUCCCACUACCAGGGCGUGUACCCGGUGAAAUGCAACCAGGACCGGUUCGUCGUGGAGGACAUUGUCAAGUUCGGAUCGCCGUUCCGCUUCGGACUGGAAGCCGGGUCGAAGCCGGAGCUCCUCUUGGCCAUGAGCUGCUUAUGCAAAGGUAACCCCGAUGCCCUUCUCAUCUGCAACGGAUUCAAAGACUUGGAAUACAUUUCUCUGGCGCUGUUUGCUCGCAAGCUCGCCUUGAACACCGUGAUUGUUCUCGAGCAAGAGGAGGAGCUCGAUUUGGUCGUUGAUUUGAGCCAGAAGCUCGGCGUUCGACCUGUGAUUGGCGUCCGCGCUAAGCUCAAGACCAAGCAUUCGGGCCAUUUUGGUUCGACGUCCGGCGAGAAGGGGAAGUUUGGACUCACCACCACUCAGAUUUUACGCGUUGUGAAGAAGCUUGAUAAGCUGGGUAUGCUUGAUUGCUUUCAGUUGUUGCAUUUUCAUAUCGGGUCUCAGAUCCCGUCGACGGCUCUGCUCGCUGAUGGCGUAUCCGAGGCGGCACAGAUCUACUGCGAAUUGGUCCGCCUCGGUGCUCACAUGAAGGUCAUAGACAUUGGAGGCGGUCUGGGUAUUGAUUAUGAUGGUUCCAAAUCGAGUACCUCGGAUAUUUCGGUCAGCUACAGCCUUGAAGAGUAUGCCUCCGCUGUUGUCCAAGCAGUUCGAAACGUUUGCGAACGGAGGUCCGUGAAGCACCCGGUGAUUUGCAGCGAAAGCGGCCGAGCCCUGGUGUCCCAUCACUCGGUUCUGAUAUUUGAGGCUGUUUCUUCCAGUGCUUGUGACGAUGCUCCUCCCAUGUCCCCCUAUGAGCUUCAGUACUUCAUCGAGGGGCUGACGGAGGAAGCUCGUGCCGAUUACCUGAACCUCUCCGCUGCGGCAAUCAGAGGUGAGUACGAGGCUUGUUUGACAUACGCUGAUGUGUUGAAGCAACGGUGUGUUGAACAAUUCAAAGAAGGCUCUGUUGGUAUUGAGCAAUUAGCCACCGUUGAUGGACUCUGUGAUAUGGUUUCGAAAGCAAUCGGAGCAUUUGACCCUGUCCGCACAUACCAUGUGAAUCUCUCGGUUUUCACUUCAAUUCCAGACUUCUGGGGUAUUGGGCAGAUGUUUCCGAUUGUCCCGAUUCACCGCCUCGACCAGCGGCCGGCGAUGAGGGGGGUAUUGUCAGACUUGACCUGUGACAGUGAUGGGAAGAUCGACAAGUUCAUUGGUGGCGAGUCUAGCUUGCCGCUGCAUGAGCUGGAAGGCAAUGGUGGGAAUAAUGGCGGUGGGCAAAAGUACUAUUUAGGGAUGUUCUUGGGCGGGGCUUAUCAGGAGGCGCUCGGAGGAGUCCACAACCUCUUCGCUGGCCCGAGCAUUGUUCGGGUCUCACAGAGCGACGGUCCCCACAGCUUUGCAGUGACGCGGGCUGUGCCAGGGCCGUCGUGUGGGGACGUCCUGCGGGUGAUGCAGCAUGAGCCCGAGCUCAUGUUUGAGACGCUGAAGCACCGCGCGGAGGAGUGCGGGCAGGGGGAUGAUGGGGGCAUGGCGAGUGCGGCUGUGGCCACCAGCCUCGUCCAGUCCUUCCACAACAUGCCGUAUCUGGUGACAGGUUCUUCUUGUAGCAUGAGUGCAAUGAAUAACCAUGGGUUCUACUAUUGCAGCGAAGAUGAUUACGACGACGUUGUUUCGGAUUCGACGGGGACUGCUGCUUCUGCUGGCGAGGAGGAACAGUGGUCUUAUUGCUGUGCUUAAGAAGUCUCAAACAUCCCUUUAGUUUGGUGUCGGUGUGUCUGCCGGGGCCGUCUGUUUUUUAAAUUUAGUUUUAAUCUUUUUGUUUUGGUUUUAAUCCUUCAUGGAGAGCAAGGGAUGUGUUAAGGUGAUAGAGAGAGGGAGAGUCCUUUGUAAUUUAUGGCAAAAAAGUUGGGGGAAUUGGGAGCCGAAUCCGCCCUUUUGUAAAUUCAGGGCCUUAUUCCCCUCUUCCUAUGUCUUCUUAGUAGUCAAAUAUUUUUGCUUUUUAAGAUAUUAUUGUCUUCCAACCAAAUCUUAAUUUUUGCCUUUUGUUC